AUGGUGCGAGCUGCAUUGGCCUUCGCCCUGUUGCUCGUGGCAGCAUCUGAGCUGUCAGAGCUCCCAGAGGACUGCGAAGACUCCGAGGGCUCCCUUUCGCUGCGCCAGCUACGGGGUGAGCAGACACUCGCCUCGGUUUCUGCCCACCAGGCGGAUCCCUUUGCUGAGCCGGAAGGCAUCGACGACACCGUCGAUGAGCCCGUGAAGCCAAAAGUGCCGGUGGUGGAGGCAGACGACUGGGGCAACAUGACGCAGGAAGCAUGGGAAGAGAAGCAGGGCGGCUCGUGCUGCUUCUCCGCCGACGAUCCGAACAAUGUUUGUGGAACCUGCUUUCCGACGGCCGUGGCUUCUUUCAGGAAUAACUGUGCCAGGAAGAGCACGUGUGCCUCCUGUGGUGGCUCAUGGUGCGAGCCGAAGUGCGUCAUGGGAGCUGCAGAUCCUAACGACAAGUGCGGCACAGCCUUUGAGACCGGCACUGCCAAAAGCGACACCUACUGCGGGAAGUCGGCGAAGAACUGCGCGUCCUGCAAUGGGGAGUGGUGCAAGCGUGGUGUGACCAAGAAGGUGCCAAAGGAGGAGAGUAAGGUCACCGCAGUCAGUGCCGUGUCGAAUGUUCAGGGCUUCUGCUGCUACCGCGGCAAUGGCCUUGCGAAAAAUAUGUGUGGAGGCUGCGCAGACGUCUCGCAAGAUGCAGCUUGUGCCAGUUCGAAGGGCUGCGGCAGUUGCGGUGGCACCUGGUGCCCUGGACCAAGGUGCAUCAAGGCCUUCAAGGACAAGGCGGACCCCUGCAACACGGCUUACGGCCACGACUCCGUCGCAUCCGCAGAGGAGUACUGCGCCGGAUCCGAAGAUCACUGCGCCUCUUGCCAUGGAGUCUGGUGUGCCGCCUACAACAUUAGCUUUGUCACCGGCGAGAAGUUCGACCCCAGCAAGCCUUUGAAGAUGCCGAGCAGUGACGAAGAGGACGACGACAUCGAGGACGUGGCGGACCCGGGAUCCGCGGAGACCAUCUCCGACCUCUUCCCCGUCCUGCGCCGCGGCGAUCCCGUUCUGGGUUCCUUCUUCAUCAAUAGGCCGUUUGAUGGCAGCCUGCUCGUGCAGAACACCUGCGUGGAGUGGAGGACACUUGCCUUGUGCGUGGGCGGGUCACUUGUUGCCAUGCUGAAAACCCUCGUGCUGGUAGGUGUGGUGACAGGUUGGGCCCAAAGUGUGACAGAUCAGCAGACACUUGAUCAGGCCCAGGCGCUUGUUCAGAAGUACUGUCCAGUGGAGGGCAGCCAAAUCAACUAUGAGGAGUCCCGCGAGACUUUGGAAUUGAGUGCAGGGAAUGGCAACAUUGUUUACGAUGUCCUCUUACAGACAGCGAAGUGGAAAUUUGGCAGGGUCCUUGCAUUCCAGCUUCUCCUGUGGAUAAGCUUCGCGGUGCUCGCCGUGGUGGUUGUCAGCCUCUGCGCUAUGAGUGCCGCAGAGCACGAGAGCAUCGAGCAGGGCAUCCAAGGAACAGGCUGCUAUUCAGCACAGCUUCUUCAAGACGCUGUUGCCGGCAAUCCGUCGCUGAACUUCGUGGGCCUUGUCCCAGCUUGGGAGGCCCUGGAUGAGCUUUCCAGGGGCCUUGAUCCGAACUCAGCCUUCCUUGAGGGGGUGCGCGGGCUUUUGGAUGCGACCGUCGAGUUAGAGCGCGCCGUGAACCUGGUCAGGGACAUGUUGGUCUCCUUGCAGCUCCUCCUAGACAACGGCCAGAACCAAAAUCCUUCAGGCUAUUUCCAUAGAUGCGCGGUGUGUGAGCCCUUGAGCCUUGCCCUGGUCGAGCUCGUUGGCCUCUUUGACGAUGGUGUCGCCUUGGCCAUGAACACGGUCAGAAGGGAGGUAGAAGCGCAGCUUGACGGCGAGCGUGUUGCCAACCUGCGUCGCACAAUCCAGGACGCGAAGGAACCAGUUGAGACUAUGAAGGAGCAGAUGCUGCAACAGCUGGGCUAUUUCGUUAGAGAGGCAGACGAUGGGUUUCAGAAGGGCACUGAAGCGCUUGCAGGAGAAUCUUCCAUCCUGUACCUCGGAUUUCUUGGAGUUCUCUUCCUUGCAAUUCUGGUCGUGACUCUUGGCUUCCUGGCCUUGAUCUGUUACAGCCGCUGUCACAGGGGUGGCGAGGAGCCAGAUCCCUGUGUUGUUCGUGUAGGCAGUGGAAGUUCCAUGUGUGCUUCCUACAUCUUUGCUGGGACUCUUUUCUUGAUUGGAGGGAUCCUUCUGCUUGUUUCGAUGGUGGGUGGAGGAGUGUGCCUGGCCAUGGUGGACUUCGACCAGCAGACAGGUGAGACCCUGCUGGAGUCACUUGGUGUGCCGACGGACGAAAGCAUCCGCCUGGCUGUGUCGCUUGCAGAUCAGUGCAUGAGCUUGAAGUCCGACAUGGAAAGCAAUGCAACGAAUGCAACGCGCAACGUGGCCGACAUCCUCGAGCUUCCCGAUCCCUUUAAGGCCCCGGGUACCCUGAGCUCUCUUCGCCGCUUGAUGUCGGACUACGUCGUUUCUCAGAUCAAUGGCGCCUUCGAGCUGCUGGAGCUUGUCAUGGCCAAUCAGCCACUAAGGCUUGCAGAUAAUCCCAUCUUGACAAAGAUUCGAGGCUACGUGCGAAGCGUCGACAUGAUGGCCAUGUUUUGGCCCCUCCCAACCGACAUUGCGGCUCAUCCUGUCUACAGCUCGAUGCCCAUAGUGUUUUACCCAAUCAGUAUCUUGUGUGAUGAUCUGUUUUUGCCGCCAAGUCUUCCAGAACUCUUGGCCAACGUUUACGCUCCUGGCCUUAAUUCGAUGGUGGUCGAUGGCAUCGCAACAGGUGCUGGGCCCCGCAUCCCAGGCCUCUUCGACGAUCAGAGUGUGACGUGGGACUGUCCUGUACGCCUGGAAGGCGAUUGUUCGGGGUCGAAUUAUGGCUCAGGUGCAUGCGAGGCAGCCAAAGCCUUCGUGAUCGAGCGGAAGUUGCCUCUGAGGUGUGAUGUCGAAGACAUGCGCAAAGUGAAUGGCAGCUGGAUCAACAGCUGCGUGCAUCCGAACAACACGGUGACCUUCUUUGAGCAGACGUGUACCAUCACUGAGUUUGAGGAAAAUGUCAGGUCCUUCGAUCUUUGGUUUUACAGAAUUUUCCAGUACAUGGAUGACAUCGUUGAAGAGCUCGUGUAUCGAGUGGCCGAUGACUUGAAAGCUCUGGUCUAUCUUCACCUUGUCGAUCCGGUCUUCUCUCUGCUUGACCAGCUUGACUGCUCUUUCAUGCGCAGUUUCUGGAAGGGCCUCACGGACUCGCUGUGCUUCCGAGCGGUCCGUAGCUUUCAGGUUAUUGCCAGCUACUACGUCUGGGUGGCCAGCCUUGCAUUGGUCAUGGUCGGAGUGAUGUACAUUGCUUGGCGGAUCUCAAGGGACACUGCUGAUGCUUUUGAUCCUUCCUCGGAUACUGUGGUGACAAGAGCCGUAGACUUGAGGUUGACUCAGUUCCAGAUCCAUCUCCACAUCCCGCUCGGUGAGGAUGAGGGCCUCUAUGCCAAGCAAGGUGAGAACAACGAACCCCUGAGGCCAGAUGGCGGUGCCUUCGUCCCGAAGUGCGUAGGCGAUGCCAUCCUCAAGGUGGACUGGGUCGAGCUCCGAUAUGGCGCUCUGGUCGAGGUUCGCCUGAGAUAUGGCCCAGAGUUGCAGGAUGUCGCGCCUCAGUAUGCCAAGCAGUUCGAUCAGGCCAAAAAAGAUGCACGCAAGAAAGGCCGCAAAGGUGGCGCGAUGUGCUCCAUCCUCGUCCAGGUCUUCCCGCCGAGCUACAGGCCGUCCGACGCUGAGACUCAAGAUGGCGGUACCAUCAUUGACGAGAGCAUCCCAAAGGAUAUGGAAAUCGAAUGA